UUCCUUAGCCAGCCGACGUGAGCGACGGCCGCGGAGUUGGAACCCGACCUGCCGUGAGGCACUGGGCCUCGUCACCAUGGCAGCCGGGUAUUUAUGACGGUCGCCACGGCUUCUCCACCCCCGCCUGGUGAAUGGACUUUAGCAUUCACCCCGGCGGAGGAGGAGGAGGGAGUUGAGGACGGGAUCCCGGACCACAGGCCCAAGUCGCUCCUCCCUCUCAGACCAAAUCCCCUUCCUCUUCGGACCCAUGGUGAAGUUUCUGUCCCAAGAUCAAAUCAACGAAUUCAAAGAAUGUUUCUCCCUCUACGACAAGAAGCAAAGGGGAAAGAUAAAAGCCAAUGACCUGAUUGUGGUGAUGCGCUGCUUAGGGGUGAGCCCAACCCCCGGAGAGGUGGAUCGGCACCUUCUGGCUCAUAAAAUAGACAGAAAUGCAGAGCUCGACUUCUCUACGUUCCUCACCAUCAUGCAUCAGCAAAUGCAACAGGAGGACCCCAAGAAAGAAAUCCUUCUGGCCAUGCUGAUGACCGACCGAGAGAAGAAGGGCUACAUCACCGCCGCCGAACUGAGAGCCAAACUCACUCAGAUGGGAGAGAAGCUGUCGAACCGGGAAGUGGACGACCUUCUCAGGGAAACAAACGUCGGACCGAGCGGCAAAAUCCAAUACAAUCAGUUUAUCCAGAUGGUCACCCUUCCCAUCCCAGACUACUGAACUUCUAUACGAGAGGAAACUUCCCCGGAGCCCGAUGAUCUUCUCCCGCUCUCAGAUUGCUGAAUUUGUCCUAUCGAAAGCAUUCUUCCGCUCCGGAGCGAUGGGGCCUCACCUGCCGGGUUCAGCCUAACUUGUCGAUCUUGAGAACGAGAUUUUGCUGGUGUAAAUAAACAAUUUCCCCAGUA